UGUAUUCUAAUGUCAUUGGUCGAGCAGAAACAGGCAUCGUUUGAAUUCAGCGCUGUUGGUACUGCUUCCUGUGGAACACAACAGCAGAUAAUACAAGAGCUGUGUCCAUCUCCGGUACCGAAUCUAAAACCUGCGUAAUAAGGGACUGGAAUCCCAGUGUGGAACCCAACCUUUUAAAACAGCAGCUCACAUUUCCCCAACGGUGAGUUUGAAAGUGGGUCGUUGUCUCAAACUUCCCUCCACUUGGAACCCGAAUUACGUGAGACCGUGGCCUCUGUACUUCUCUUCUGGCCGUCCCCUGUAUAUCGGACAGCAUGACUCGUGAUUCAUCAAGCAGCCGUAGAAAGCCCAAAGCACCUGUUCGUCGCCCCCCGAAGCCUGUCCCUGGAACACAUGCCCCAGCUGAAUCCCCAAGAAGAAGUGGUGCCUCCCUGAGGUCUUCAAGAGCCUCUCCCAAAAAGAAGAAGUUCCGACCAGGAACCAGGGCCCUAAUGGAGAUCCGGAAGUACCAGAAGAGCACCGAUCUUCUCCUCAGAAAGGCGCCAUUCGCCCGACUGGUUCGGGAGGUGUGUCAAGGUUUUACCAUACAAUGUCACCGGUGGCAGGUCUAUGCUCUCAUGGCCCUGCAAGAGGCUGCAGAGGCAUUUCUCGUCAUGCUUUUUUCAGAUGCCAACCUGUGUGCCAUCCAUGCCAAGAGAGUCACAGUGUUCCCACGAGACAUUCAACUGGCCAGGAGGAUCCGUGGGGUUCAUUCCAUAUAAAGCCAGCUGAGAGAAUCCCAGCAUCAUUAAGAUACUGUGUAUGUUGUUCUUUCCCUGUUUUCAAUACAUUUAACUCAUUUCAUAUUGAUGUGUACAUUUUGUUCAUUAGUAAACUUAUUUUUUCAACAAUA